AACAGUGGAGGCGAGGUAGCAGAGCGCCAUUGUGGGGAGGGAGGGACGGCAGCCACUCGCAUUUUUCUCGCUUUUCUCGCCCUUUUCGUGGCUCCCGGUGGUUGGGGCGGCUCCUGAGGAUGAAGGGCUCCAUAACGUGUGUGUAGACGGAAACAAACAGCCGCCCAACAGGAAAAACACGGGAAAAAACACCUUCGAAAUGGCCCAAUCUGUGAACUGCUCGCUUGAUGAUAUAGACUUGACGGCCCUGAAGGAUCCUGCCGGCAUCUUCGACCUAAUAGAAGUCGUUGGAAAUGGAACCUAUGGCCAAGUGUACAAGGGUCGUCACACCAAGACUGGACAGCUGGCGGCCAUCAAGGUUAUGGACGUUACAGAGGAUGAAGAAGAGGAAAUUAAACUUGAGAUCAACGUACUCAAAAAGUUCUCCCACCACCGCAACAUUGCCACCUACUAUGGGGCGUUCAUCAAGAAGUCUCCGCCAGGGAAGGACGACCAGCUCUGGCUCGUCAUGGAGUACUGCGGGGCGGGCUCUGUCACCGACCUUGUCAAGUCCACGAAGGGCCAGAGUCUGAAGGAGGAGUGGAUUGCGUACAUAUCACGGGAAAUUCUACGUGGCCUGUCCCAUCUCCAUGCCAGCAAGGUCAUCCACAGGGACAUCAAGGGACAGAAUGUGCUGCUCACCGACAAUGCGGAGGUCAAGCUAGUUGACUUCGGCGUGAGUGCCCAGCUGGACCGCACGAUAGGGAGGCGCAACACCUUCAUCGGCACACCCUACUGGAUGGCCCCGGAGGUCAUAGCCUGCGAUGAGAACCCUGAGGCGACCUAUGACAACCGCAGCGACCUCUGGAGUCUGGGCAUCACGGCGCUGGAAAUGGCCGAGUCCCAGCCGCCCCUCUGUGACAUGCACCCCAUGCGCGCUCUCUUCCUCAUCCCUCGCAACCCCCCGCCGCGCUUCAAGAACGGCAAGAAGUGGAGCAAGAAAUUCCACUCUUUCAUCGACAGCGUUCUCGUCAAGGACUACCACCAAAGAACCUACACUGACCAACUCCUGCGGCACCCUUUCAUCCGUGACCAGCCCACAGAACGGCAGGUCAGGAUUCAGCUCAAGGACCACAUAGACCGCUGCAAGAAACAUAAACAGAAAGCGGACAGGCAGGAGUCAUUCAACUACAACAGCGGAUCGGACAAUGAUGAAGAGGAGACCACACAACCUGGGGAGCCUUCGUCAAUUAUUCAGGCACCAGCCGGCGACACCCUUAGGAGGAACUUCAUGCAAAUCCAGGAACACCAGCGGAACGGAGGGAAGAAAGAGAAGGAGGAAAUCCCCGAGCCUGGACCCCCUGCACGCCCGGUCCUCCCAGCUCGCUUACUUGGGGGCGAUCAAGCACCCCCACAACGCCCCCUCCCCCCGCCCCCCCAGGCCCGCGAGCAGCACCCGGCCGCCCUCCACAAGCCCGCCACGCCCCCCCAGCACCACCCCAGGUAUCAGCAGAGAGAGAGAGAGAGAGAUCAGCGCCCAGUGAGGGGGGAGAGAGAGAGAGAAAGGGAGUCGAGGGAGUCCCGGGAGUCGCGAAACGCACACGUCAACAAACAGCCACAGCCGCAGCCGCAGCCCCCGUCGCAAGCGCAGGCCGCCAGAAAGCCCGAGGACCUGGACAUGCUCGCCCAACACCUGAACGAGCUUGGCGCCAGCGAGAGAGAGAGAGAGCGAGAGAGAGAGCGAGAAUGGGAGCGAGAGAGAGAGCGUGAACGAGAGAGGGAGAGCGAGAGGUUGAGAGAGAGGGAGAGGGAGAGAGAGAGAGAGAGGAGAGAGCAGGAGAAGACCAGGCAGAAUGGAGAGAAGAGAGGAGGAGAGAGCGGAGGAGGAGGAGGGGGGAAUAAGCACGAGACCCCAGGACCGCAGCCGCCCCUCAUAGAAGAAGACUCGAGCGAUGACGAUGAUGAGGGGAGAGUGCGGAACGAUGGCACACUCCUCGCCUCGGACCCUCCCAAGCCCCUGUACGACUAUUCCACUUUCAGACCAGCGGAAGGUGCUCUACCCCACACGGCCCUGCAAGGCCCCCCACCCAACCGGCCUCUCCCGCCCACUCCGGAUGACGAGGAAUCCAGCGGAGGCACCCUAAUCAUGCGCAGGUCCACCAGCCGCGAAGGGGACAACCAAUCAACCACAACAACCACAACAACCACCACAACCACCAGUUCCACCAGCACCAGUAGUAGUAGUAGCAACAGCGGCGGAGGCGGAGGUGGAUUUGGUCAACCGAGAAGAGUUAGCAGGGACAUGAGUGGAGUCGGUGGAGGCGGUAAACCGAAAAAGCCUCGUCCGCUAGUCCACCAAAGCAGCGACAGUGACCUCAUAGCAACCGCACAGCACCACCACCGCCGCAACGAUUCGGACUCGCGAAUCGGGUUGCUCCGCCGACACCACACGGACCUGACUCCGACCCCACAGCCAACUCAACCCGGAAGCAAGCCCGCGCCGGCCCCGAGUCCCUCCCGGCGGUCCGAGGUCACCCAAGCCAGUGAUCCGAGUGAACCGAUUCUGACGGACUUCCUCGGUCUGCCCGGGGACCUCAACCGGAUGGAGUUACGCCGUCAAGGCUCACUCGAUGAUUUCCCGGGGCUGUCGGGGUCCGGGGGCAGCGCUGGGGGCGGGGCAAGACCAGACUGGGGCCCCCGAAGAGAGAAAACGGAUGUCGAUUUGCGGCGAGCGGAGUUACGGAAUGAUCUUGAGAGGUGGAGAGCCAGCCGUCAGGUGGACUCCCGACAGCCCCAGGAGCGGUCCAGCAGGGGUGGCGGCGUGGAGUCCUCACCCAGCGCCGGUACACCCAGCUCCCGCACCUCAUCCGUGCUGCCCGACCUUCUGCCUCAGGCCUCAAAUUCCCCCAAUGGGUCCAGACAUGACAAAUCCACUAGUGAGGAGUACCGUCAAGCCAUUGGUAAGGGCCUUCAUCCCCCCCUCCAGAACAAGCAACGCUCCUUCAUGGCCUUCGGGUUCGGCGCGGGUGCUGGCGGCGGGGGCGGGGCGGGCGGGGCGGGCGGCGAACCGGCCAGGCGGGAGUCCCACAUCAGCAUCAAUGUCGCUCCAACAUCCCACGAGGUUAACGACACACCCGAGAUCAGGAAGUACAAGAAGCGCUUCAACUCGGAGAUCCUCUGUGCCUCGCUAUGGGGCGUCAACUUACUCAUCGGCACGGAGAACGGGCUGAUGCUGCUGGACCGGUCUGGGGUGGGCAAGGUUUACCAGCUCAUCUCACGCCGCCGUUUCCAGCAGAUGGAGGUUCUCUCGGACCAGAACAUCCUCGUCACCAUCUCCGGCAAGAAGAACAGGGUACGCGUCUACUAUCUGUCCUGGCUCAAGUCCAAGAUCCUGCGCACUGAUGCCUUUUCCACUCCGCAGCAACAAGUGGAGAGGCGGAAUGGGUGGAUUAACGUCGGGGACCUCCACGGCGCGGUCCACUUCAAGAUCGUCAAGUACGAGCGCAUCAAAUUCUUGGUGAUUGCGCUGCGGGACUCCAUCGAGAUAUACGCAUGGGCCCCCAAGCCUUACCACAAGUUCAUGGCUUUCAAGAGCUUUGGCGAGUUAGCACAGAGGCCUUGUCUGGUGGACCUAACAGUGGAGGAAGGCUCGCGGCUCAAGGUGAUCUAUGGCUCCAACCAGGGCUUCCAUGCCGUAGAUGUGGACUCGGGGCAGCUCUACGACAUCUACUUGCCCAAACAUAUCCAGGGCACCAUCACACCACACACCAUCGUCACGCUGCCCAACAGUAACGGCCUCCAGCUCCUCAUCUGCUACGACAACGAGGGCGUUUACGUCAACACCUACGGCAAAGUCACCAAGAACAUGAUGCUUCAGUGGGGCGAGAUGCCUACCUCCGUGGCCUUCAUUGGGACGGGGCAGAUUAUGGGCUGGGGGAACAAGGCCAUUGAGAUUCGGUCGGUCGAGACUGGUCACCUCGACGGAGUCUUCAUGCAUAAGAAGGCGCAGAAGCUGAAGUUUUUGUGCGAACGGAAUGACAAGGUGUUCUUUUCCUCGGCCAAGGGUGGGUCCUCUUGCCAAAUCUACUUCAUGACACUCAACAAGCCUGGCAUGGCAAACUGGUAGAGUCACUCACCCACUCAACCGGUCAGCCAGUCAGCCAGCACAGGGGUUGUCUUCCUGAAAUAGCCACCACACCACCAGUCCACCAGUCUACCGGUCUCCGUUGCUCUUCUCCACUUGUUUGGCGGACUGGGUUAACCGUACGCAACCAGUCAGUUAGUCGGUUGGGGUUCCUGGAAAUGACUACUGUGUCUGUUUUCAUUUUCAUUGUUUACUCAGUCAGUCAAUUAGUCAGUCAGUCAGUUAGUCAGAAAUUCAUCCAGUCAUUCAGUCAGUCAAUCAGUUAACCAGAAAUCCAUCCAGUCAGUCACUUAGUCAAGAAUUCAACCACUUAGCGACUCAGAAACUCAAUCAACCAAUCAGUCAUUCAGUCAGUCAGCCAAUCAACCAGUCAGUCAGUUACUCAGUCAACCAGUCACUCAACCCUUUCCCUUAUGGUUGAGCGAGAGAAUGAGGAAGUGUCAUUGAAGAACGGAUCAACCAAGAACGAAUUUGACCAAGUGGAUUUGAGUGAGAUUUGAAGGAGACGCGGAAGACUCGGGGGAUUGAAACUACUACUACUACUACUACUACUUCUACUACUACUACUACUACUGCUACUACUUCCAAUGGUGUUAUUCGGAAAUCGAUAUAGACCAAACAGACUGUACUUUUUUAUAUUAUACAGAAACUUAUGUUAAGAAAUAGAAGAAAUAGAAAAGGUGGAAGAAGAGGAAUGGGAUAAAGGAAGGAAGAGAGAGAGAGUGGAAGAUUGUGGAAGCUACGGAGAAGAAACGGAAGGAACGGAAGUGUGGGAAAUAGGAGAGAAUUGACAGUAAAGGAACGGAAAGGAGAGGAAGUGAAAAAUGUGAGAGAAAAUGAGGAAAAGACAAAGGAAAGUGAAGAUCUUGUGCACGGAAGGAGCGGAAAAGAAAAUGCAGAAAAUAGACGAUUGACCGGAAAAGGAACGGAAAGGAAAGGAAGAGGAAAGAAUUAGAAAAACGGAACAAGGAUGAAAUUUCGAGUGUGUAGAGAAAACGACGCAGAAAAAAAUGAGAGAAAGAAAAGGCGGAAAAUAGAAGACAAUUGACCGGAAAAAGGAACGGAAAGGAAAGGAAGAGAAAAAAAUCAGAAAAACUAAACUUGGAUAAAAUUUCGACUGCGUAAAGAAAACGGAGAGAGAGAGAGAGAAGAAAAACACAAACGACAGAGAAACAAAGAAAAAAAGAACGAAAGUGUGCGAGCGAGACAAAGAAGAAAAACAAGAAGCGAAGUAGGAAAAGACAGAGAAAGAGAAAGAGAGACAGAAACGAAACCGACGGAAAGUCAAAAAAAUAAAAACCGCAGAAAAGGGAGAAAAAAAGUAUAGGAUAAUUUUGGGGGGGUAUAUGUUGUCUUUGUAAACUUUUUAUAUAACGACCUUUUUUUAAUUGUUUUCAUACUCAGUUACACAUAAUUAUUAGGGAGUUUGCAUGUGAUUACUUUCUACGAUUCCAGUGUUCAUUAGUCAAAGUUUAUCCUCCUCCUCCUCCUCUUCUUCCUCCUCCUCCUCUUCUUCUUCUUCUUCUUCUUCUUCUUCCUCCAGGGUUUUGUCGAGUUUUUCCUCUUCCUCCUCCUCCUCCUUCUCCUGUUCUUCCUCCACUAUUUAGUCAAGUUUUUUCCUCCUUCUCCUCUUCCUCUUCUUCUUCUUCUUCUUCCUCUUCUUCCUCCAGUCAGUCCAGUGUUUCUUAGUCAAAUUUUUCCUCCUUCUUCUCCUCUUCCUCUUCUUCUUCUUCCUCCUCCUCCAGUCAGUCCAGUGUUUCUUAGUCAAAUUUUUCCUCCUCCUCCUCUUCCUCUUCUUUUUCUUCUUCCUCCAAUGUUUAGUCAAUUUUUUUCCCUCCUCUUCCUCCUCCCCCUCUUCUUCCUCUUCUUUUAUUAGUCAAGGUUUACCCUCCUCCUCCUUUUCAUAUGAUAUUGUGCAAUGCUUGUUAUUAUUAUUAUUGUUAUUAUUAUUAUUAUUAUUAUUAUUAUUAUUAUUAUUAUUAUUAUUCUCCGAACACUGCCCUUCCUUACUCCAUAAUCUACACACACACACACACACACACACACACACACACACACACACACACACACACACACACACACUUGCUCAAAUAUCUAGUUUAAGCAUUCUGUGUGCGUCUUAAACACACACACACACACACACACACACACACACACACACACAAACGGAACCAAUUUUUGUGAACGGGGAAAAAAUUGAAGAAAAUGAAAAUAAGUGAAAAAAAAUGAUACAGGGUUGAUCUCAAAAGGAAGAAGAAGAGAGAGAGAGAGAGAGAGAGAGAGAGAGAGAGAGAGAGAGAGAGAGAGACUGCAGCUAAGAAGGAAGAAAAAGUUAGAAUGAGAAAAUUUAAAAGAAGGAAAAGAAAAAGAAAAGAGAAGAUGGAAGGAAGGAAGGAAGGAAAGGGAAACAUGAGAGAAAGAAAGAAAGAAAGAAGAAAACAAAGAAAAAGGAAACAGGAAGAAAAAAAAGAAAAGGAGAGAAAGAAGAAGAAGAAAAAGGAAACAGGAAAGAGAGAUAAAGAAAGAGAGAGAGAGAGGAAGAAAGUAAGAAAAAGAACAGAUAGAAAGAAAGAAAGAAGAGAAAUAAAGAAAGGGAAUAAAGAUAGAAAGAGAAAGUGAGAGAAAGAAAAAAAGAAGAAAAGGGAGACAGGAGAGAGAGAAAGAAAGAGAGAGAGAGAGGAAGGAAGGAAGAGAAAAGGACAGAUAGAAAGAAAGAAAGAAAGAAGAGAAAUAAAGAAAGUUAAAGAUAGAGAGAAAGAAAGAAAAAAAGAAGAAAAGGGAGACAGGAGAGAGAAAGAAGGAAGAGAAAAGGACAGAUAAAAAGAAAGAAAGAAGAGAAAUAAAGAAAAUUAAAGAUAGAUAGAAAGAAAGAAAAAAAAGAAAAUAAAGCAAAAAAUGGACAGUUAUAAAGACAAACAUUAAUGAUGACAAUAAUAAUGAUGAUGAUGAUGAUGUGCCCAGAAUUUAGUAAUGUGCUAAGUUAGUAUAGAAAG